AUGGGUCUCUUCGACUACCGAUUCAAGCUCCCGGUACACCUCGUGGAGUUAGUCCUGAUCAUUGGAGUGUGCUCCAUCUCCACUGCCCGACUCUUUCUGCCCGGUGUGAACACCAGGACCAGGGCCAACACGAUAGCGCUGGGAUUUUCGGCGAAAUCCAUUAACUUCAUCCUUUACCAACUCCUGACGGAACACGUGCAGCGACUGCGCAGGUGGAGGAGCCUGAAGGCCUACAGCAUCAUCAAUGGCUUGGAGGUCGUCUUCUGGGCGGCAGUCGUGUUCCUCCUCAUCCAGGCGAAUAUUUCGGUCUGCGUCGGUGUAGGGUGCACCCUGAGCUGGGUCGUCGUGGGCAUGUCCAUCUGCUUGAGUAUGCUAUCAGCUUAUGCGUUCGGAAUCGCCUUCUUUGCCUUCCGUGAGAUGCGCGCGGCGCAGAGAGUCGGCCGCCACGGCGAUGACACCCACGAGCUGCGACACCAGGUGCACCACGAUCGGUACUCCACCUCGGUCAGCAGAGAAGAUAUGAGGAAGUAA